AUGGAGCGCAAGAAGGCACAAGAGAUUAUUGACGGGAUACAGGCAACUGACCCCAAGACAAGACUGAAGUACAUGAAGGAGAUAAAAACGUUGUGUGAAAUUGUAGGAAUGGAAAAAACAAAAAAUGAAGUCAUCGAAUUUUUGUACAAUAUAAUAGAAGAUGAUUCAGAUGUCCUUUUCGAAUUGUCCAAUAAUUUAGUUACCUUAACAAAUUUUUUAAGUGAUGUAAAUGAUUGUAGUUCCCUAUGUGACUUAAUACUACAUUUCAUUGUGACAUACGAAAAGGAAAUUAAUGUGAAUGCCUUUCAGGCCUUUAAUAAUUAUUUACACAAAUGUAACUGUAUCACACUUAUAAAUAUUAUAUGCCCUAAAACGAUGAAGCUAGUUAGUAGCGAUAGUGAUAACUACCGAAUCGGAGUUAGCAAAAUUAUUCCAAUAAUAAUUGAGAGGUGUAUACAGGAAGGACAAAGUAAAUAUAUGAAGACGUUCAUUCAGCUGUUUUUAGAAUUGUGUCAAGAUCAAAGCAUACUGGUAAAGAAAUCCUGCUGUGAAACUUUCUGUUCCUUCAUUUUUAUUUUAAAAAGGUAUAAGGAACUUAGUCAGAAUUGUAACUACGCUUCAGCGAAAAUGGAAGAAGAGAAGGGGAAGGCACUUCCUGAAGAUGAAACUGAUGGGAGAGCCCAUGGAUAUGCACUUCAAACUGGUGCGAAUAAUGAGGCUGAUUGGAAAGGGGGGACGCUCAGUGGGGAUAGGAAAGAACAGGUGGAAGGAAAACUUGAAAAGGGGGAGGAGGUGAAUGGUGUGAUGAGUACUCAUAGAACCGCAGCAAGCGGAACAAGUGGACACGCACCAAAUGGGGACGAAAAGGAAAAGGGAAAAAACAUGGAAGAGGAAAUUAUAACUUUCAAAACGAAUGAAAAGCGGAAAAUAUUUGUAGAGAAACUGUGGGAAGGAGCGAAAGAAAUAUACAGAAGUUUUUUUUCCCCUAUCAAUGGAAUGGACGAAGUACAAAUAAGCGCAGUAUCCAUAUUAGCAGAUAUCCUAACAUGUGAUCCACAUUUUGUGAAAAAUUUAGAAGAAACAUUAAGGAACAUUUGUAAUGACGAAAGCUGGAGAGUAAGAGCCGUUUUAGCAAAUAACAUUCACAGAAUUUUAAAAGUACGAAAAAAUGAAGACAUUUCUAUAGUCAUUCUUUUACUGCUGAAAGACGUAGACAGCAAUGUACGUAGUAUUGUGCUAAAUAAUCUGGACAAUAUUUUAGUGAAUUCAAAAAUUAGUGUAAAUAUAAUGGAUGAAAUUUUUGAUGAUUUGAAAAGAGACAUUGAUAGUAAUAAUGUGCAUUUAAAAAUUUCCCUGUGUAAAUUAUUAUGUUCUUUACCAGAUAUAUUGGACAAAAAUGGAUCCAUAGAAUAUAUCCUUCCAUUAUUUUUAUUAUUCAUAAGGAUAGAAGAAAGUGAUUUGAAGUCUGAUCUAUUCACAUGCUUACACAAAAUUUCUAAACUUAUUUCCUUUUUUGAUAUGAAACAAAUUAUUAUGCCAUUGUGUCAAGAAAUUGUUAAAAGUAGGAAUUGGAGAUUAAGGUGUACAUUAUUUCAUUACUUAAAAUUUUUUGAUCAUUUUUUUUUUUAUCAAAAUAAGGAAAAUUUUUCAUCCAAUUAUGGCGAUUUCUGGAACUUUAUAAAUAUAGGGGCUAAGGAUAUGGUCUACUCUAUCCGAAUGGAAGUAGUGAACACCCUACACUUUUUAAUCAAGGCCAAGAAUUUCUCCUUUUUUGAAAAAGGAAUUACUUACCUGUUAAGUGAUCUUAAAGAAUCUAGUAGGCACAUCUGCAGAAUUACGUGUCUUCAAUACAUUUCCAGACUUGUAGUUUAUUUUCCCCUGCAUUAUAUCGAAAACAAGGUGCUAGCCAUUUUGGAAGAUUUGAACAAAGACAAAAUAAGUAACGUUCGUUAUAACAUAGUUAAGACGAUUUAUUAUGUGAAGAAUUACGUCAAGUACGUCUUGUCUGUCAUUAUGAGUGACACGUACAAUACGCUGAUGGGUAAAAUCACCAAAAUGGUGGAAAAGAGGAACAGGGAGAAUGAGGAAAGUGAAAAAGUUCCUGGGAGCCAGGGGGCCCAAGUGCCUACUCCAACUACAGGGGUGAAGGUAGAUCAACAUUCCCCUUUAGGUACAAACGUGGACGCAGAAACGGAUGACGAAAGCGAACAUGAUAUGCAGAAUUUCAUGUCGACCAAGACAAGUGGAAAUGGGGAUGGCUACUUUCAACUGUUGGAGAGUAAGCAGUGCCUACUAAAGGAUCAGAUUAAGAGGAAGAAAUAUUCCUUUUUAAUCAAUUCAUGUGCAGUGUCGUCUCUUACCUUUUACGACAAUAUGAAGAAUACGGACACGAACAGACGUUGCUGCGAGCGCAUUUUGGGUUUCCUCUCGGAGAAGAUUAAUUCACUGGGGGCCGACAAGGAUGCGGAUGUGUCUACGGCAUCCAAAUCUUUGAAGAACGACGAUUUUUUUUAUUACAUAAGUUCUGUAAACACCUUCAGCGCGGUGUGCAGGCCGAUUAAAUGA